AUGAUUGUUGAUGCGACCGAGAUUGUCCGAGCCGACGCAAUGGACGAGCCGGUCCACCCUGACGCCAAGAAAUAUUUCGUUGAAGCAAUUAAGAACUUCCUGGAGACAACCAACGCUGCGGGACUUGAGGUAUUGGCCAGUCGUCUAGCUCCUUACACUAUCCAAGCGGCUCCGCCUACGAUGAUAACCGACGCUCCGGCACAACCGGUGCUAAUUCUAAUCGUGGAGGAAAGUACGCAAUACCCCAUUUCGGCGGGCGAAUUACCUGAUGUGGUCCGUCUGGACUCCUGUCCAACUGGCUUUCCAGAAGCUUGGGACCUGCAACUAUGUAUGGACACAUCGCAUGAGAGUAGAGUAGAAACGAUUCCUUCAGGGGAUGAGUUUGAGCUCAUCGGGGACCCUGUGAAUAAUAUGGACUUCUCCGGCUCUCUUUCGCCGUACUCUCAGCCUCCCCAGGAUCUUUUACAGAGCCCGGUUCAUCUGUCAGACUUCAGUAAUACGAAUCACACUGAUCACCACCUCGCCGCAACGAGUAGCCCUUCUAGGGCUAGUAUUCAUGACACAUACAACACCCCUUCAUUAUUCUACAACCAGCACCCAUCCCCACUCACAGAGCCCGACGGAGCCUCGACGGUAUCACCAAGAAGCUCUGAGCAUUCCCUAGCUCACCCAACGAGCCAGGGUCCAACGCCGCAUUUACCGGAAAUUCUGACCGGGACGCCCGUGCAGAAUGCCUACAUCCGAGCAGAUUACGCCGAAUAUCUAAUAUCGAACCUGCCCCGGUGGCAGACUAGUGGGAUAUGGCACCAAGAAACAGUCGUAUUACCCAACCAACGACAUACCAAAUACGACCGGUUAGCAGACGCAUACUCGUGCAUCUGCCAACUGGAACCACGCAUGGGCGAUGACCCUAUCCGGAAUCGGGCAGCCCUAAUACAACUACACACAGAAUACGAAAACAUCAACCAAGCAGACGAAUGCGGAGAUGGGCCCACGCGGCGCGGUAGAGGCCAUGCUUCUCUAAUAGUCGAUCGGCUACUUGACGAGAUCCAUCCGGAAUGGUCAACGUGCGACGAACAGCGACGGUCGAAUUUACGCGCGAGAUUCCACAACCGCAAGCGCUUCGGGAAGCGAUGGGCGGUGCUCACGAGGCAUUUGGGCCCUGCAGUUUUGUUCCUUUGCUCGCGUAAGCUGGAGAAAAUGGUGUAUGUUUUCUUUUUCCCCGUCCUCCUCCCGGAAACCUUGGCUGAUCAGCAAUGCAGAAAAAACACCGUUGUCACGGUCCAAUUCCUCGAACAGAUCAGUGAACACAUUGCAGGCAAUUGCCCAGAUGUCGUCGAGCUCUUAAAUACCCUCAAUCCGCUAGCGACAGAUCUGAUCCAGAAUCGAGAUCUCAACGCACAUAUUAUAAACAGUACGAUAGACUAUCUCUGGAAGGGUCAUUCCGAGGGGUUAUUUGAUUCGGGCUUGACAUACCUCUCACCUCCUGUAUAG